CCCCCAAAUUCUCACUUAAAUCUCAACCCUAAUCCCUUCAAUCUUCACUUUCCCUUCUUCAAUGGCGGCAACAAUGGCGACCAUGGCGAUCCUCAACGCCAAAUGCUUCACCCCCAACAGAACCCCCCCACCACUCCUUCCCUCAAAGCCCACAACACCCAUCUCCCUCCCAAUCCCCUCACCCAAAUCUUCCCUCGCUGGAUCCGCCAUUGCCGGAGCCAUCUUCUCCACUUUCAGCUUCACCGACGCCGCCUUCGCCGCCCAACAAAUCGCCGAUCUAGCCGAGGGCGACAACCGUGGGCUGGCUCUGUUGCUGCCGCUCAUCCCGGCUGUGGCUUGGGUUCUCUUCAAUAUUCUUCAGCCGGCGCUGAAUCAGAUCAACCGGAUGCGGACUGAGAAGGCGGUGAUUGCCGGAUUGGGUCUCGGCGGGCUGUUGGCCUCUGGGCUGGUGGGGACGCCGGAGGCAAUGGCGGCGGAGGCUUCCAACGACGCGAGAGGACAGCUGCUGCUGAUUGUGGUGGCGCCGGCGAUUCUGUGGGUUCUGUACAAUAUUCUUCAGCCGGCGUUGAACCAGCUGAAUCGGAUGAGGUCGGAGUGAAAUGGUAACGGUGGUAUUCAAACACCUGUAAUUUUAAAUGCAACUCUCUCUCUCUCUCUCUUCUCAUUUAUAAAUGAAUCGUUCAGAAAACAUGUAAAUUA